AUGAGCGUUACAAUCAAGUUGUCAAACGGCACACAAAAAAUUGUUGAGGUGCCUGACUUGAAUAUAAGCGUUUCAAGGUUUAAGGAAAUUGCGUCUUCCGUUACAAAUAUUCCUGCCGAUGAACAAAGAGUUGUAUUUCGUGGCAGGGUAUUAAAAGACGGCGACAUUCUUUCUGAGAUGGGCAUGGAACAUGGCCAAGCAGUACAUAUUGUCCGUGGUCAGAAGAGCAUAACACCUCAAGUACCUCCUCCAUCUACGCAACAAUCAACAAGUGUACAAGAUACUCAAAUAAAUACGGCCGCACAAGCGAGACCGGAGGCUGUCAAUCCGUACGCAGCUUUAGCAGCGAAUUCACCUGCGAUUGGAGGUUUUCCCACAAAUAACCCUGGAAAUGCUUACGCCGGCAUGCCGUUUUCUCCCGAGUUUCUAUCCACUGUGUUGCAAAACCCAGCCUUUAUGCAAUACAUGGAAACUAUGAUGAGAGACCCUCAAUUUUUACAGCAGGCGAUGCCACAAGCGCAAUCGCAAUCGCAAUUUCCGUUUGGUGCUAAUGAAGGUGUGCAACGAGCCUUAAACAACCCCGCGUUUAUGCAGCUUGCGCUCCAAAUGAUGCGUGAACCAUCUGUGAUGCAACAAAUGGCUCAAUCGUUGCGUACUGGUUUUCCGGCUUUGAAUACCCCUUCCUUUGGACAACAAAAUACACAGCCUACGAAUAAUAUACAAGGUGCAGGUUUUUCCCAGCCACAUGGGAAUACCCGAGACCUUUAUCAAACUCAGCUUCAGCAACUGAGAGACAUGGGAUUUCCAAAUGAGCAGGCGAAUCUUGCCGCCUUGGAGCAAGCGCACGGCAAUAUUGACUUCGCUAUUGAAAGGCUUCUGAAUAUGUGA